GAUAGAUCAGCCAUGAUUGAACGGUGGAGUAGACUUGAUGGGCCGAAUGGCCUAAUUCUACUAUCACUUGUGAUCUUAUGACCGUGACCCCGGCGGUGUUUCCGGCUGGGAGGUCAAGUGCGCCAGCCGCCGGAAGUGAGUGAUGUUUUAGGGGAGUGAAACAACAACAAUAAUAAAUAAAGUCUCAUCAGCGCUGUCAUCACCCCCGCUGACAUGCCGUCCGCAGUGCGGCUGACGCGGGACCUUUCCGCGGGCACAUUGAAUGCGGCGAUGCCGACAGCGCAGCAGUUGGUGCCAAUAGCAGCAGCAGCAGCAGCAGCAACAGGAGGAGCCGGGCAGCGGCGGCGGUAGCAGCAACAGCAGCAACAGCAACAGCAGCAGCAACAGCAGCAACAACAGCAGCAGCAACAGCAACAGCAACAGCGGCAACAGCAGCAGCGGCGGCGGUGGCGGCGGCGGCGGCGUCUUCUCACCGGCAACAGCAACAGCGGCAGCAGCAGCAGCAGCUUGAGCGGAGGCCACGCACAGAGCUGGAGCUGGAGCCGGGGAGGGCACGGAAGGGAGUGGCGGCGAGUGUGGAGCCGGGGCCGGCCUGGGCAUGGCUGAGAUUUAACUGCAGCAGCAGCUGCUGCAACAACAACAACAGCAGCAACAACUCGCGGACUCCUUUCCCCCACAACUCCGUCUCUUGGUCCCGAGUGAGAGCGGCUCUCGACCCUGGGCAGUGAGAAGAUGCUGGAGAGUGUCGGGUGUCUGCAUCUCACCACCCGGUGAAGGCGGCCGUCCAUUCAUUUAUUUAUUUACCCAUUCAUUCCCUCCUUCCUUCCUGACAGUCCAUUCCCAAACCUUUACCUUUCCCCUCCAUCCACUGCUUUGUUUUGAAGGUAAACGUGGACCAUUCUGCCAAGGAUGUUGUAUCUCUACCAGCUGUGGCCUGGAGAGUAGAUUCGCCACUUUUUUUGGGGGGUGGUGGGGGGUGGAUCAGAACUUGUUUUUGUUUCGUUGUCUUAUGUGCUUGGAUUGGAGAGUCAGCUGAGCAAUGAAGAAAUCUGGAGCGCACAUCAGCCUCAAGAGCAAAAAGAAAACUUCUAAGCAGCUGGUGCCGGAUGAAUACUGUGAUGAAAACAGAGUUAAACCUAGCCAGGAUCGGGAGCCAAGGGGUGAAACACAGAGAGAAAGGGCAGAGCCUGGAUCCUCUCCAUUGCCGUUCAGGAAACUCAGUAAUCCUGAUCUCGCCUGUUCAUCUGGAAAAAUUUCUAAACCCCAACACCAAUUAAGUGAAGAUGAUGCAAAACUUCGAAGAGGAAGCUUUGGUGGCGCAUUGGGAGGUAAACAUUUGCUGACAGUUUCCAGUGGGUAUGGACCAUCAACGGGUCGUUUGUCUGCAGAAUCCUCCAAUUUGGUGCGAAUGCGGAAUCAGGCAUUUGGGCAGUCAGCCCCUUCUCUAACUGCUGGCAUGAAAGAAUUAAGUUUGCCAAGAAAAGGAAGUUUUUGCCGUACAAAUAACCGGAAGAGCCUAAUUGUGACUUCGAGCACCUCGCCAACUCUGCCGCGUCCGCAUUCACCGCUGCCAGGGCACACAGGUAGCAGCCCUCUCGACAGUCCAAGGAAUUUUUCUCCCAAUGCAGCAGCUCAUUUUUCAUUCAUACCAGCAAGAAGGACUGAUGGACGCCGAUGGUCCUUGGCCUCUUUGCCAUCUUCUGGAUAUGGAACCAAUACACCCAGUUCCACUGUCUCUUCAUCCUGCUCGUCACAGGAGAAACUUCACCAGCUGCCCUAUCAGCCAACGGCCGAUGAACUGCAUUUUCUCAGCAAGCACUUCAGCACAGAGAGCAUCACAGAUGAUGAUGGACGACAAUCUCCUGUCAUGCGUCCUCGAUCACGUAGCCUCAGUCCCGGGAGAUCCCCUUGUUUCUAUGAUAAUGAAAUAGUAAUGAUGAACCAUGUGUACAAAGAAAGAUUUCCCAAGGCCACGGCUCAAAUGGAAGAGAAUCUCCAGGAGUUUAUCAAAUCGAGUGCUCCUGAAAAUGUGCUGCCAUUAGCUGAUGGGGUUCUCAGCUUUAUCCACCACCAGGUUAUUGAGCUGGCUAGGGACUGCCUGGCAAAAUCUCGAGAUGGGCUCAUCACUUCCGGAUAUUUCUUCGAGCUGCAAGAGAACUUGGAGAAGCUACUGCAAGAUGCUCAUGAACGGUCAGAGAGUUCAGAGGUGACGUUUGUGACCCAGCUGGUGAAGAAGUUGAUGAUUAUUAUUGCCCGGCCAGCCCGACUGCUUGAGUGUCUGGAGUUUGAUCCUGAAGAAUUUUAUCAUUUAUUGGAAGCAGCUGAAGGCCAUGCCAAAGAAGGACAAGGAAUCAAAUGUGAUAUUCCACGCUAUAUCAUCAAUCAACUGGGGCUCACCAGGGAUCCGUUGGAGGAAAUGGCCCAGUUAACCAGCUUUGACAGUGGCAGUACAGAAAAUGAAGAUUCUUUGGAUGGUUGUGGUGCUACAUUUAACACAAAGAAAACCCCGUGCGAGGAAGACUUUGAAAACCUAAAACUGAUUAGCAAUGGAGCUUAUGGAGCAGUCCACCUUGUGAAACAUAAGGAUUCACGGCAGAGGUUUGCUAUGAAGAAAAUUAACAAGCAGAAUCUUAUUCUAAGGAACCAAAUCCAGCAAGCAUUUGUUGAAAGAGAUAUCUUGACCUUUGCUGAGAAUCCUUUUGUUGUGAGCAUGUUCUGCUCUUUUGAGACCAAACGGCAUCUGUGUAUGGUGAUCGAAUACGUAGAAGGUGGGGAUUGUGCCACUUUACUGAAGAAUAUUGGUGCUUUGCCGGUUGAAAUGGCCCGGAUGUAUUUUGCAGAAACCGUCUUGGCUUUGGAAUAUCUGCACAAUUAUGGCAUUGUUCACCGAGACCUCAAACCAGACAAUCUUCUCAUCACUUCAAUGGGUCACAUCAAGCUAACGGAUUUUGGCCUUUCAAAGAUUGGUCUGAUGAGUCUCACCACCAAUUUAUAUGAAGGGCACAUUGAAAAAGAUGCAAGAGAAUUUCUUGACAAGCAGGUUUGUGGAACCCCAGAAUACAUCGCUCCUGAAGUGAUACUGCGGCAAGGUUAUGGGAAACCAGUGGAUUGGUGGGCUAUGGGUAUAAUCCUGUUCGAAUUUCUGGUGGGAUGCGUUCCAUUUUUUGGAGACACUCCAGAAGAACUAUUUGGACAUGUAAUUAGUGAUCAGAUAGCUUGGCCCGAUGGAGAUGAUGCAUUACCACUAGAUGCUGAGGACCUCAUCGCAAAACUACUGAGGCAAAAUCCAUUAGAACGCCUGGGUACAGGAAGUGCCUACGAAGUUAAACAACAUCGGUUCUUCUCAGAUUUGGAUUGGAAUAGUCUUCUCCGUCAGAAGGCAGAAUUUAUACCUCAGCUUGAGUCAGAAGAUGAUACCAGUUACUUUGAUACCCGUUCUGACCGGUACCACCAUCUUGAUUCUGAUGAAGAAGAUGACACCAAUGACGAUGACCAUGUAGAAAUUAAACAGUUCUCAUCAUGUUCACCAAGAUUCAGCAAGGUUUACAGUAGCAUGGAACGACUUACAUUGCAUGAAGAGAAGAAAACACCACCCCCAACCAAGCGCAGUUUCAGUGAAGAGAAGGAGGACAGAACAGACAGGUUGGAUGGGCUCAGUGGUCUGAAGACACGAGACAGGAGCUGGAUAAUUGGUUCUCCUGAAAUUAUCAGGAAGCGCUUGUCAUUGUCAGAAUCAUCUCACACGGAGAGUGAUUCCAGCCCUCCACUAACCGUGAGGCGCCGUUGCUCAACGCUGAUAGAGAUGCCACGCUUUUCGAUAUCUGCAGACGAAGAAGGAAAGAAGCAGCAAACAACCAGAACGUGGGAAGAUGCAUCUUUAAUUAUUCCAGAACAGCCGACAGAGAAAGAUCUCACUCUGCAGGUGGAUGUUAGCCCUGCCACACCUGCCUCAACAAUCAGCAAUAUCAGCAGCUCGACUUUGACUGCAGGCAGCACUUUUGACCUAACUGAUCAGAGGUCCCGUAGUAACAGUGCAGAGGCAUCAGACUCUUCAACUCCAAAAGCAAUAAGUGACCUAGCUGUCCGUCGUGCUCGACAUAGGCUACUAUCUGGAGAAUCGACCGAGAAGCGGACCUCCAGACCUGUCAAUAAAGUGAUCAAAUCAGCUUCUGCAACCGCCUUGUCCCUUAUGAUCCCUUCAGAUCAUCAUACUGGUUCUCCUUUAGCCAGCCCUAUGUCACCACGUUCUUUGUCGUCCAAUCCAUCUUCACGGGAUUCUUCACCAAGCCGAGAUUUUUCUCCUGCAGUAAGCAAUCUGAAGCCUCCAAUCAUUAUCCACAGAGCUGGGAAAAAAUAUGGUUUUACCCUUCGUGCUAUACGAGUAUACAUGGGAGAGAGUGAUAUCUUUACAGUUCACCACAUGGUUUGGCAUGUGGAGAGUGAUGGGCCUGCCCUUGAUGCUGGCCUACGUGCAGGGGACCUGAUAACCCACGUCAAUGGAGAACCCGUCCAUGGCCUGGUGCACACAGAAGUGGUGGAGCUCAUAUUAAAGAGUGGAAACAAGGUUUCAAUAUCAACAACUCCUUUUGAGAAUACUUCAAUCAAGAUUGGGCCAGCUCGAAGAUCUUCUCACAAGUCAAAGAUGGCAAGGAGGAAUAAGAAGAGUAAAACAAAAGAUGGCCAAGAGAGUAAGAAAAGGAGCUCCCUCUUCCGAAAGAUCACAAAACAAGCAUCACUGUUGCACACAAGUCGGAGUUUGUCCUCCCUGAAUCGAUCGCUUUCAUCUGGGGAAAGUGUACCAGGUUCACCAACACACAACCUUUCUCCUCGUUCACCAACUCAGAAUUAUAGGUCCACAGCAGAUUCUACACAUUCAGUUGCUGGAAAUUCGUCUCAGAGCAGCUCUCCCAGUUCCAGCGUACCCAAUUCUCCAGCUAGUUCUGGUCACAUCCGUCCAAGCUCUCUCCAAGGACUGGCACCCAAGUUUCAACGGCAAUACAGGUCCCCAAGGCGCAAGUCUGCAGGAAACAUACCUCUCUCUCCUCUUGCUCGCACUCCGUCACCAACUCCACAACCAACCUCCCCUCAGCGCUCCCCAUCUCCUCUAUCUUCACACUCUCUGGCCAGUUUCAACGUAGCACAGUCAUUCCCGAUUAAAUUACAUUCAUCUCCACCACUGGUCAGACAGAUGUCUAGGCCCAAGAGUGCUGAACCUCCAAGAUCACCAUUAUUAAAAAGAGUCCAGUCCGCUGAAAAAUUGUCUGCCACUCUAUCAUCUGAGAAGAAGCUGUCAUCUUCCCGGAAGCAUAGCCUGGAUAUAUCACACUCUGAAUUCAAAAAGGAAAUGUUGCAGAGAGACCCCAGUCUACAGAGUUUACAGGAAUCUGCUAAUGAAUCAUCAGGCAAUAAACGUGGGCUUGCAGAAAAGGGAACUCUGAAGCAACCUGUUGCUAGAAAAAUUGGUCGGCAGGAGUCUUCAGAAGGACUGAAGAGGGGAAAGCUAAAUGACAAACUAGUAGCAAUAAGACAUGAUAGGGCAGAAAGGAGAGAAGCUCUGCAAAAACAGGAUGCCAUUCGCGAGGUAGAUACCUCUGAAGAUGAAAGUGAUGAUGGCUCAGAAGACAGUCAGGAAGGAAAGAAGUUGCAUCGACCCAGCAUUCAAAAAGAAGAUACCACUUUAGUUGAAACAGGUUGUUCCUCGCAUAAAGCAGAGAGUAAGGAUUCUUCAGAAGAUGACCUCGGCUCUUUCACAUCUGAGGCUAAAGACACAAAAUCUACAGAAAUGAAGUUAACUCCUCUGCCAGAUCAAAACUUUGGGAAAACCAUUUUGGGCAGCACCAUGUCACAUCAAACAGGAGAACCUUAUAAAGUGGAAUAUUGUUCAAUCAACAUAGCACAAGGAGAAAACCUUGCUGCCUCAGCCAUCCAGAAAAAUAGCCAGGAUAAAACAGAUUCCAAAGACUUAAAAGCUAUUGAAACUGAACAACGUGUAAUGGAUUGUGUCACUACAAAGAAUAAUGACUCCCCAAAGACAAUAUUAUUUCAAAAAGCCCCAGAGGAAGCAUCAAGUCAAAUGCAUCGAAAGGCAGCACCAUUCAAAUUUCAGCAAAGCAUUCAAACUGGAUUGUUUGAAUCUUGCAAGGACUAUAGCACUCCACUUAAUCAAAUGAUGCACUUAACAAAGGAUGCACAUCAAAAACUAUCAGAAGCAACGGAUAAACUAAUUGCAUGUUAUUCCCCAAUGGCUGACAAUUUGCUUUGCAAAUCGGGAUCACCUCAAACUUCAAAACAGUCCAAGAGAAUUGAAGCUCCUAAGAAGCAGUCGAUUGCAACCGAAUGCAGGGCAAAUGAUGAGGUCAAAGGGCUAAGUGGAAAUAAACAGAAAGAUCCAUUUGAAAUUGGUGAGAAACUUCUUCAGUCACAUAAUGUGAAGUGUCAGGAAGUAAUUAAGCAAACCACUGUUGAAGGAAGAGUAAGUCAGAAUGAACGAAAAUUAAAGGAAAAUGAGGAGCUGAAUGCUAAAAUUCAACCUACAUUUAGUACGGAAAACACAGGUUCAAAAUUUUCUCCAGUUAACUUUGCAAAAACACCUUUUGUUUCGCAUUUAGCUACUGUUGCCAAAAAUGUGCUGGGUCCAGUGAAAUUAGCCAUUCCUGGGAUAACAGAGACAGAGAAGAAGAAAGAAUUGGGAUCAGAAGAUUUGACAGCCAGGAAUGACAAGCAAACAUCACAAUUUAACACAUUUCAACUUGUAACAAUGUCAAAUGUCUUGACACCCUCAUUACUACCCACAAUUUCAAAAUCACGGGUUGAAGAAAAGACCACAGUUUGUGGAUCACCGUCAAAGCCUAACCAAGUCACAGGAGCGUUAAGUGAUCAACGAGUAUUGCAAGACACUAUGGAAAGUCCAUUACCAACGGAACAGCACCAAUCCCGUGUGGAAAAAAAUGAGAAAGAUCAAUCUGGAAACUGUCAUUUGAAAAAUAAACAACCAGCAGACCACAAGAAAGGACAAGAUUCCCUGCUAUCACACAAAUUCACGUGAUAAUUUGAAGAAAACCUAAUUGACAGUUUCCAGUUGUACAAAAAUAGUCAUCAGCGUAUAACUUAAAAAAUCUUUCUGACCUUCCUAAAAGCUGCAUGAUUGACUUUAUUUCCAGUUGGAAAAAGUAACUCAAUAAUAUGUUUGUGAAUAGUUUCGCAUAUCCUUAACACUAUAUUCAUUUAUAGGGACAAUUCUUGUGCUGCCAAAAAGCUGUUUUACUUUUGUUUAGAAGUGAGCUGACAUUGCACAAUAUUUGGUGAGGUUUUUUUCCCAUACUCUCUAACAUCAAUUUUAAUUUUAUGUUUGACCAAUGAUCUUUUUUGAAGGUAGCAAGAUGGAUGAUACUUCCUGUGUACACUGUGAUCCUAUGAGAAAUGCCAUAAUGAACAUGAAUGCAUCAGGACAUUUAUCUUACUUGUCACCUCUAUUUUCUACAUUUUCAUAUUCAACUGGUUUUCAUUUGUAAAAUUCCUCUAAAUAGUGCAUUUAUAGCAAAUAGUCUCUGAUGUACAGUAUAAGUACAGCACAGGUUUGCCUACAAAGCCUUGAUCAAGGCCUAUGCUUUAUAAUUUACUGGAUUCAUCAUUAUAAAGUUGCCUGAAUCCUUAGCUCUGUAAUGUAUUUUGUCACUAUGCAAAGUAAUACAUUCCUGCAGAGUGCUUCAAGGGUGUAAUGUAAUUUUUCUUUGUAUUAAUGUAUCUGAAAAAUGUAUCUUAUUUAUUGUAAAUAUAUACUUGACAGUCUUGGAUGUCUUCAUGGGUUUGUGCCACAUAGAUAUUUUGUCUUGGAGGGAUAUAGUGAAUGUGUAAUUGAAGUGCUUUCACAAAUACAGGAAAGCAUUAAAAAAAAUAAAAUCUUAGUAUUUAAUCAACAUGUAAUCACCACCACGUGUGGUGCAGUAGGGAUUUUUUUGUGUUACUGCAUGUUGGCUUUAACCCACUCCCUUUAAAUAUACAGGGCUCUUAGCACAAUACAAAUUGUGUAAAUUAAUUAAUAUACAAAACCCAUAAGUUCUCUUUUUUUUACCACUCGCUUCAUUCUUAAAAAUUUCCCAUGAUAACAAUGUAAUACAUUUUGUGUUGGGUUUCAGCUGAUGUGCAUGUUUUAUGUUUGGUGUAACUCCUCAUCUUUUCAUCUUAUAUCAUGUUUUUGUUAAUAUAUUGCACUAAUAGAACUGGAGCUUUAGCUAGCCUAACAAUCUUAGAUUGCUUCGUUUUACUAGCACCUACGUUCAGCUAAAUGUGUCAGUUAGUUAAACUGAGUAAGUUAAAAUGUCAGUGAUUAAUACUGACUCAAUUUUAAUUGCUGUGUUUGACUUUUAUAAAAAAAACAAAUAUUGUAAAAGAUUCUGUGGACUUAAUGGCACUGUGGAACGUAUACUUACAGUGCAAGUGACUGAUUUCUUUAUUGCUAUAAUGUUUUCAUUCAAAGUUAAUGAGGAAAAUACUUGAAAUAAAAGGGUUGUGUUUACUGCCAUGAAAGAAAAAA